AUUCCCGUCCGGGAGCGGGAGUGAGAACCCCGCGGUGUGCACGGCCAAAGCGCCCGGUCCCGCGCCCGCGUCCCCACGGCAUGCCGGGCCCCCGCCUGCUGGCCGCGCUCUGCGGCGCGCUCCUCUGCGCCUCGGGACUCUUCGCCUUCUCCGGUGACUUCUGUGACUCUAGCCAGUGCCUGAAUGGUGGGACCUGCCUGUUGGGCCGGGACAACACCCCUUUCUACUGCCUCUGCCCUGAAGGCUUCACAGGCAUCAUCUGCAAUGAGACCGAGAAAGGUCCUUGUAAUCCCAACCCCUGCUACAAUGAUGCUGAAUGCCAGGUGAUCAAGGACGAACACCGGGGGGACAUCUUCACCCAGUACAUCUGCAAGUGCCCUCAUGGCUAUACAGGUGUCCACUGUGAGAUCACCUGCGCCAUGCCGCUGGGCAUGGAGACGGGUGCCAUUUCCGACUCGCAGAUCUCUGCCUCGUCUGUGUACUUGGGCUUCAUGGGUUUACAGCGCUGGGCCCCAGAGCUGGCCCGCCUGCACCGCACGGGCAUCGUCAACGCUUGGACAGCCAGCAACUAUGACAAGAAUCCCUGGAUCCAGGUGAACCUGGUACGGAAGAUGUGGGUGACGGGCGUGGUGACACAGGGUGCCAGCCGAGCAAGCAACGCCGAGUACCUGAAGACUUUCAAGGUGGCCUACAGCCUCAACGGACGCAAGUUCCAGUUUAUCCAGAGCGCAGAGGGGUCAGGAGACAAGCUGUUUGUGGGCAAUACGGACAACAGCGGCCUGAAGGUCAACCUGUUUGACUUCCCUCUGGAGGUGCAGUAUGUGCGGCUGGUGCCCAUCACCUGCCACCGGGGCUGUACCCUCCGCUUCGAGCUCCUUGGAUGCGAGUUGAAUGGAUGUGCUGAACCCCUGGGCAUGAAGGACAACACCAUCCCCGACAGGCAGAUCACGGCCUCCAGCAUCUACAGGACCUGGGGCCUGAAUGCCUUCAGCUGGUAUCCCUUUUACGCGAGGCUGGACAAGCAGGGCAAGUUCAACGCCUGGACCGCCCAGACCAAUGAUGCCUCUGAGUGGCUGCAGGUUGACUUGGGCACCCAGAGGCAAGUGACGGGCAUCAUUACCCAGGGGGCCCGAGACUUUGGCCACAUCCAAUAUGUGGCAGCCUACAAGGUGGCCUACAGUAACAACAGCAUGAACUGGACCGAGUACAGGGACCAGGGGGCCUUGGACAGCAAGAUCUUCCCUGGCAACUUGGACAACAAUUCCCACAAGAAGAACAUGUUUGAGAUGCCCUUCCUGGCUCGCUUCGUGCGCGUCCUGCCCGUAGCCUGGCACAACCGUAUCACCCUGCGUGUGGAGCUGCUGGGCUGCUAGCGGUAGGCCCGGCCUGCGCCACCCGAAGGGCCGCGGGGCGCCUGCCCUCACCUGGCCCUCCUGGCCUUCUGUUGGCCUGUGGCCUUCUCCACCCCACCUCCUGAUUGUAGGUGACGGGGGAAGGGGAGGCAGGGGUUUCAGUCACUUCCCCUCUCUCCUUCUCCCCUCCCCCCUCCUUCCCCUCCCCCUCCCCCAUGGCCCUGGCGCCCCGCCCUCACGCCGUCCCAUUUUCUUAGACACCAUGGGAGUGGAGUAGGUCUGGGAUGGAGAGGGAAGGGCGAAGUAGGGAGUCAGGGUUACCCGCACCUCUCGGAUCCCUGGUUCUAGUCUGUUUUCCCCGCACUCUCUCCCACACCCCGCGUUCCCACGGCCCUGGAGGAAGGCCCUGAGGCGCCAGGCUGGAGAUAACGGUCUCCUGUCCCUCAGCCUGAUGCUGCCACCUAGCCCCCCUCCCACGUGCCUCUUCUCUCCCUGGAGACCCGCCCCUCUUGACCCUUGUCCUGAAGCCUAAGAAGAAACAGAAGGGGGGGAGUGGGGGGGGGCGGGCUUAUGGAGAGAGGGGUGGAGGUGGGUGGGCACGGGGGGGCGCCCUCUGUGCUGGUUCUUUACCCCAGAGUACACAGGCAGCUUCCAAAAUAUAUUUAUAUCACCCCC